UCCGUUAACAUAGGCAUAAAACCUAACCUUUUUCACUUUCCUUCGCUGUUCAUGCUUUCUCCAUUUUCUGCCCACCAAAAAUAAGCAUCCCAAGUGGUUGUGAUCAACGUAGAAAGUGAUUUUCAUAGUCAUAGAUCAUUUCUGCAGGAUGAGAUUGAGCCUGCAAGCUUAUUAGACAUACAUAAGCUCUACUAAGUUAAUGUUGUUAUGGCUUUUGAAGAUGGUUCCAAAAAGGAGCUACAGAAAGUUAGCCUAAAACUCUCAAAGGACUUUCCUUUUACCAGGACUACUCUUGCAUCUAUGGAGUCUUUGUCCCUGCCAGUGGUUCAGCAAGUUGUUCUUUCUGCUGAUAUGCAAUGUGAGAAGUGCCAGAAGAGGGUUGCUGACAUUCUUACUAAGAUGAAUGAGACCGAGUCAGUGGUGGUGAAUGUGUUGGAAAAGAAGGUGGUACUUACUUUUAGAUUACCAACUAUUGGAAAAGUAAUCUCACAGCAAAUUACUCCCGUCCCUAAAGUUGCCAUUAUUAGACGGAUAUUUCGCUCUUCACGGAGUUAACAAUGACUUAGAACGGAUCCACAUGUGCAUAAAGAUUCGGUACACUGAUUUUGCAAUGUACGGCUGAAAGUGUAUUUGUAUUCAUGAUUGAAUUUGUUUUGUAAUUGCCUUCUGAAUUAACCAUGUUGAGAUAUGGGCAUUCCAAGUGUCAAAGUGAUUUUAGGUCUGUUUAUUUUAAAGGAAAAUAGAAUUAAUUUUGAGGAAUGUGUAAUCAAAUUAAUCUUUAGAGAUUUAAGUGUAUUAAAAUGUGUGUGGUGAGACAAAUUGAUGCCAAGCAGGCAUGGGAUUAUGUAUUUAAAUCAAAUUUUCUGUCCGCUAGAAUUUGAACCACACAAUGCACAAUCUGGUUUCAAAUUUCA